AUGUCCAAACGUCGCGUAGGUGGUGUUGCCAGACCCAAUGGCUUGGCUAUAGGCAGAUCAAAAGAAGAUGCCAAUCUUUUGGAGGCUUUGAAACUUUACGAGGCCAAAAAUUACAAGAAAUCCUUGAAGCUAGUCGAGGCAAGUUUGAAAAAAAAUUCCCAACACACGGACUCGCUAGCUUUGAAAGCCUUAAACCUGUACUGCACUGACCAGAAAGAUGAGGCAGCCUCUUACGUGCAAAGAGCUCUUGCCAAAGGUAGUGUGGCCGGUCCUUCACCAAUCGGACUUCACAUCUUGGGUAUUUACAUGAGAAACGAAAAACGAUACUCUGAAGCUGCAAAUCUCUUCCAGUCUUCUUUAGACAAUGGUUCAAGCAACAAGCAAAUCUAUCGUGACUUGGCAACACUUUACGCUCAAGAACACGAUUACAAGAAUCUAUUGAAAGCUCGCCAAGCUUAUUGGGAGGAGUUCAUGGGAUACCGGGCCAAUUGGACAUCACUGGCUAUUGCGCAUGAUCUGAAUGGACAGCAACAGGAAGCAGCCAACGUGCUGUCGAAGUUCGAAGAAUUGGCAAAAGGAAAACUGGGCGAGGCCGAGCUUUACGAGCAUAACGAGUGUCUUAUGUACAAGAAUGAUCUUCUUUACCGUGCUGCUGGAGACGACAAAACGAAACUACAGCGCGUUAUGAAACAUCUAGACGAAAUCGAAAAGGAUGUUUUUGACAAGUACGCUUGGUUUGAGAGACGUGCUGCUCUGUUUAUGAAACUGGAUGAUAAAGAGAAUGCGUCGAAGGUGUAUCGGACGUUGAUCAAAAGAAACCCUGACAAUUUCCGUUACUACAGACUAUUGGAAGUUGCUCUCGAGGUGCAAACUGAUGACGACAGUCGCAGCAUUUUGUACAGUAAUUUGGAGCGGUUUUACACCCGUGCCGAACCACCUAAAUUCAUUCCUUUGACCUUCAUCAAAGAUGAAAAAAAGUACGCUGAGAAGUUAGCGAAUUAUCUUCUGCCUCAAAUUGAGCGUGGGGUUCCUGCAACUUUCAACAACGUCAAGCCCUUGUACAGAAAAGACAUCGAGCGUACUGCUAGGUUGGCAGGAGAAAUUGUUCUUCAAUUUUUAGGCAAAAUUGAUUCCAAGCAGUCUCCGCUUACAUUUGUGUGGGCCAACUACUAUUUGUGUCAGCAUUUCAUGUUUUUGAAGGACUAUACAAAAGCUAAAGACUACAUUGACACUGCUUUGAACCACACACCAACAAUGGUGGAACUUUACAUUUUGAAGGCAAGAGUGCUCAAACACGCAGGACUACUUGCCGAUGCAGCCGACACGGUCAACGAAGGUAGAAAACUGGACUUACAGGAUAGAUUUAUCAACACUAAAGCCGUGAAGUACUAUUUGAGAGCAGACCUCGUUGAAAAGGCUGUCGAAGUUGUGUCCAUCUUCACUAAAAAUGAUGGCUCCGUCAAUGGAGUCAUGGAUUUGCAUUUAAUGGAAGCCGCAUGGUUUGUCGGUGAACAAGCUGAAUCAUACUACCGGUUGUACUUAAGCAAUAGACAGAAACUGAAGGAGGCUAAAAUGAGCGAGGUGGGUGUAGAGGAAGAAGCUCAGUUGGAACGUGCCCAUCAAAUUCGUCUUUUGUCCUACGAGACUUCCAAGUUCGGCGGUCUUGCUUUAAAAAGAUGGACAGCAAUUGCUAAAUUUUUCAAGCAAUUUGAAGACGACCAACUGGACUUCCACUCCUAUUGUAUGCGCAAGGGUGUUCCUAGAGCCUAUUUGGAAAUGUAUCAUUGGGGCAAGUCCAUUUUUGCCUUGCCAAUGUACGUGAGGGCCACCAAAGGAGCUGCUAAGCUCUAUUUUGAUCUUUACGAUGCGCAGCAGAAACCUGUAACAAAUGAAAGCGAAGAUGCGGAAUCGGCCUCGGUCAAGAAAGGUUCCAAAAAAGCGAAGAAAGAUGCUGCUGCUUUGAAAAAACGUACUGAUGAGGACAAAAAGACAACAUUGGCUUUCGAAAAGGAUACUGACAUUUUGGGAGAGAAACUCAUUUCAACCACAACCCCAUUGCAAGACUUUCAUGACAAGUUUUAUGCGAAUUACGCAAAGGCAGCCACAGAUGCAACGAGGGAUUUCGUCCUGGAAUUUGAAUACCAGCUGAGAUGUGGAAAACUACCACUUUGUGUGGGUGCACUAGCCAAGUACGCCGACAUCCAUGGCACGACAAACAGCACCGUCGGCGCUAUGGUCCUGAGUGUUUUGGAUAAAAUCAAGCUUUCCAAUGAGAUCGACGAAUUGACGAAAAAGCUUGCGUUGAAGGGACUAGAGCGCCAACUUUCUUCACUACCUUUAGACCAACUAGAAAGCGAAACUUUCGACUGGCUUGAAUUUUUUCAGCAAUCGUAUAGCGUUCCCACACUUGAAGCAUUAUUACUGUUGCGUCGUUCUGCCUCUCAGAUUGUCAGUUCCGCAACGGUCAAACAAUUGAUUUUGGAAAAUUUGGGAUCGCAGGAACCGAUCGUGCAGGAUUCUGUGUUGAAAUACGAGCUUAACUAG